AUGUCGUCGUCUGCGUCGCGCGGCGGCGGCGAACGCACCGUCCACCAGGACUAUAUCGCGCGCGUCCGCUACUCCAACGUGCUGCCGCCACCACCGAACCCGCCCAAGCUGCUCGAGAUCCCCAACACGGGCCUCAGCAGCGGGUUCUACACCUCGCCCGCGUUUGCCUCGCGUCUGGCCCGCGAGCAGCCGCUCAACAUCGAGGCCGAUGCCGAGCUGGGCAUGCCUCUGGACCUGAUUGGCAUGCCCGGCGUCUUUGACGGCGACGAGUCCUCCAUACAAUCCGACCCGCACCCGCCUCCCGUUCACCCGCACGACCGCGCCCUCCUCAAGCCGCUCUCGUCCCUGGGCAAGCCACGCACGACCGAGUCCGGCGUGUCCUUCUUGCGCCGCACCGAGUACAUCUCCUCCAUCGCCUCCAAAGGCGGCGUGGCCGGCGGCAGCCCCUUCCGCGCAGGCAUCAACAAGGUCCGCCGUCCAGAGAAGCGCUCCUCGCCCGAGCCCGACGCCGGCACGCCGGCCUACGUCAAGCGCAAGAUCGACCAGAGCUUCCAGGCCGCCCAGACCGCCGCCCGCGACCGCUACAGCCGCGUGCGCCAUCCCACCAAGAAGAACCUGCGCCUCGCCGCCGCCUACCCGCUGCUGCCCGACCUGGGCGCGUUCCCCGACAGCGGCGCCUAUGUCACGGUCAAGUUCAGCAACCACCCCGUGGCCGCCGGCACCGGUGUGUACGACUCGCGCUUGCUGUCUGGCAUCUUCAAGGCCGUCGAGAUGGCCGACGACGAGCGGGCGGCCCUCGAAGCCGCCACCAAGGCCUACGAGCGCGAUCCCCGUCGCAACCCGCGGCCCCAGCACCACGUGCAGUACGAGUUCUACCUGCCGGAGAAGACAGGCGUGGGCGAGGAGUUCCGCCGCGCGUUUGGCGCCCCCGAGGGCCAGGCCCAGGCCGCCAGCGAGGAGCGGUUCAGCUUCAACCGCGUCCGCGCCUAUGAGUCCAUCGAGGACAAGGAGUACACCCAUGCCACCAAGUACGCCGAGGAGGUCUUGCUGGCCUUCUCCGAAGACGCCAUCGCGGCGGCACCCGACCUGGGCUCGCGCGUGGCCGGCGGUCCGCGGGCGGCCCUCUACUACCCCGUCAUGCAGCGCACCGUCGUGCGGAGCCAGCGGCAAAAGCAGAUUGCGCGUGGCGGCGGUGGCAUGGGCAGCAGCAACAUCAACGACGACGACGACGACAACGACGGCGCCGACCGUCCGGCCGACCGCCUGAUGAUCUCGGUGCAGGACGCACCGGACGAAAUCAAGGAGCACAUUGCGCUCAUCCGUGCCGACCCGCUGCACUUUGAGGAAGCCCAGAUGGACGCCGAGGGCGACGCGGACGAGGACGUGCCCGCACCGGCGAGGAAGAGCAAUGGCCAGCACGGUGACGGCUUGGAGGAUGAGAACGACGACGACGAGGACGACGAGCGCAAUGGCCGUCGUGGCAGCAGCAGUCCUAACCCGGGACGGGGCAACAGCAACGGCCGCCACCGCUCGGACGGUGAGGACGAGGACGAGGACGACGCCUUGGCCGACGAGGACGAGUAG